GUUUCCCGUCCUGUGCGUCUGCUCGAUAUUCAUCCUGCAAGAUGCACGCCUGUCCCUGUCUCAGAUGCACACAUGCAACUCCCAGAUGGCCAUGCCCUCCUCUGGGCCCCUGCCUCCUCCUCGACUCACUUCUGCUGUCUCACCCAUUGGGUAAAAGGAUCUCUUCCUCUACACAACUGGAAGGCAGGGACAGAGCCUUUUCCUUGUUAUCACCAUCACCUAGCAGUGCCUAGGACAUAGAUGGUGCUCAAUGAAUGCUGGCUGGUUGGUUGAAUGAUUGUGCUUCAAGGAAGCCCAUGGUUGAGGAUGGAUGAGGAGAACCUGGUGGAGAUGGAGCCAUCCUUGCCCAUACACCCACAGGUCUUUCUCCUACAUGGACAGCUAUAACCAUGACAUUCGUUUUGACAACGUCUACAUCAGCACCUACUUCUGCCAGAUCGAUGACCGCAGGAAGAAGCUGGGCAAACGGACUUUGCUGCCACUCCGCAAAGCUGAGGAGAAAACCGUCAUCUUCCCCUGCAAGCUCACCAUCCAGGCUUCAGAAAUGAGCAACGUGGUGAGGGAGCUCCUGGAGGCACUACCCAUUCUGCUGCUGCUGGUGCUGCUGUGCGGCUUGGACUGGGCUCUCUACUCCAUCUUUGACACCAUCCGCCACCACUCCUUCCUGCAAUACUCCUUCCGCAGCAGUCAUAAGUUGGAGGUGAAGGUCGAGGGAGACUCCAUGCUAGCCCGGCUUCUUCAAAAAACCAUUGGGGCCCUGAAUACCUCCUCAGAGACAGUGAUGGAAUCAAACAACAUGCGUGAGUGAUGCUGAAAGUUUGGAUCAGAGAAUUGAUGGCGGUGGGGCAAGGGUCAAAAGACUCCAAGGUAAAGAGUUGGGGGCCGGGCGCG